CACCCUAUACCGCUCCUUUUCGUUGACCUACUUACCUGUUAUUUGGUAAAUUUAGAUUUUAUUUAGAAUAACUGUUUUAAUAUUUUUAUGCCAUUUCAUCCAAGUCCGAACUCUUACAAUGAAAGUGAGGGGCUCCCGUGAGGCCCCCUGGAGGGUGAUAAAGAAACUAGAGUCUACUGAGAUUUCUCGCAUCGCAGAAUCGUCUGCUGUUCCAGCGACAAAUCCCGGUCUUGAUAUUCACCCCAAUAGUGCUGGCCCACAAAUUCAAGAAAUUAACAGGAAGAGAAAACGGGACUACUCGCCUCCUCUCAGGUUGACAGGAUCGACUUCGACAACGGCACCAGUUCCUCAGCGCCAUCCACAUAUUCUCUAUCGCCUAACAUGCCAUAGCGCUAAUUUUGUACCCAUUCAUCUUUAUUCUUGGAAUAGAUUCAAAGGAUUAGAGCAAGAUGACCACGAACUCCAAGAGCGAAGGAAUCUCGCCGUAUUAGACAUCAUAGACACAGUCGACGGUGAUCACAUAACCAAUCCUCCAAGGAAGAAUCAACUCCGGGACAACUUUCUGCAGGACGAUCCAAACGAAUUCAUCCUUGACGUCGACUUUCGCGUUAGGAAGAUCUAUAGAACCUGUCUUCGAAUUCACUCCCCCCAUGUCCAAUAUGUGUUACGGACACUCAUCCGUUACUAUCCUGGAUUCAACGUCCAAGAAAAUGAGAUAUUCUGCAUUUAUCCUUUUGCAGAAAUAUUCCAUUACUGGAGCGAUUUGCAGCGGGUAAAGGGUGACUUAUUGGGUGGUUGUGGCGAGGUAAAUGUUAGGAACCCCGACAUUGGAUCAGAAGUUAUUAUAAAAAACAGCCCGCUUCUCUGUGAGCAUUUAUGCACUUUACUUGAUGCUCCACCUAUCCAGAACGUCUACGGAAAUAUCGUCGGUCCCGAAUUAAACCUUCACAGUAAGGACCUAGCUACUUACGAUUUGCUCUGGCUAUUAUUUAAGCCCGGCGAGAUAGUCUUCAUGCGCAUUAUGAACAAGCUCUCUGGGUUUGUGGUUAUGAAUAUCACCUAUGAACCUAAAGAUGGCGAGUCAGUUUCGCCUCUUUCGAACCAAGAUCCCUCGGAUAGAUGGAAAAUUACAUUGUGGAACCUGGGGUAUAAAAAUAAGAUGCUCAGGCGCCAAAGCUUUUACACUGCAAUCAACCGUUUCUACGGCGAGAAGUUAAUAUCGGAUUUAAUAGUUUUCCCUAUAAAAUCCACGCCAAGCUAUGAGACGCUAAAGGGCCAACUAAUCGAACGUGGGAAGCGGUAUUACUCUCUUAUCUGUAGUGAGCAAAGCCACAUGCGCUAUGAUGGCAUGGUUGUUGGGGAAAACCCGCAUCACUAUGAAGGUGAAAUUAUCGUGGACCAUCAGGGUUUUCAGCAUGAAGUUCCCGUCGAAGCUUCUACUUAUUGCGAACCGGAAGACCUGGGUGGAGAGCCUCUAUUCUCCAAGUUUAAUGAUAUGAAAUGCUCGCCAGAAAUCGAAUUAGAGCCCGCACAAUAUCUCCUUUUACCCACCUACGUGUUGGGGUUCGCAGUUGGGAAGAGAGAAUAGGUGGUAUUUGAUAUGAGCUUUGUCGAAGACCUUGAAGUUAAUGAAGAAGACCCAAUGAAGUACCUGAUUAUGGACCGCGAAAAAUGCCAACUAGUGGAAGCAAUGGUUGGAAUUCCCCGAGAAGGGACGGCCCUAAAGUCUUGGGAGACUGACUGG